CCCCGCGGGGCUGAACUGCGCAGGCGGCGGCGGCGCUGGCGCGAUGGCGGCGGGAGACGGCGGCGACGAGGUGCGGGUGCUGCAGAACCUGCGGGGGAAGAUCUAUGAUGCCAAACACUUAGUACCCAACAAAAUGAGAGACUUUUUCUGUACCAUAAACUUGGACCAAGAAGAAGUUUUUCGUACACAGGUAGUUGAAAAAUCUUUAAGUCCUUAUUUUGGAGAGGAGUUUUACUUUGAGAUUCCAAGAACAUUCCAGUGGUUAUCCUUUUACAUUUAUGAUAAAAGUGUUUUACAAAAGGACCUGCGUAUAGGAAAGGUAUCAAUCAAAAAAGAAGAUUUAUGCAACUACACAGGAAAAGAGAACUGGUUUAUGCUUCAACCUGUUGAUUCUAAUUCAGAGGUUCAGGGAAAAGUUCACCUUGAAUUAAAACUGAAUGAACUGAUAACAGACAAUGGAUCUGUGUGCCAGCAACUAGUAGUACACAUAAAGGAGUGCCAUGGAUUGCCUCUUAUAAACGGACAGAACUGUGAUCCUUAUGCAACAGUCUCUCUUGUGGGGCCUUCCAGGAAUGACCAAAAGAAGACCAAAGUUAAGAAGAAAACAAGCAAUCCGCAGUUCAAUGAAACAUUUUAUUUUGAGGUAACCAGGUCUAGCAGUUACACCAAAAAAUCCCAGUUUCAGGUGGAAGAAGAAGAUAUUGAGAAACUAGAAGUCAGGGUUGACCUAUGGAAUAAUGGGAAUCUGGUACAAGACAUCUUUCUAGGAGAAAUUAAAGUUCCUGUGAAGGUGCUAAGAAAUGAUUCCUUUCAAGCAUGGUACUUACUUCAGCCAAGAGAAAAUGGGAACAAGUCUUCUAAAACUGAUGAUUUGGGAUCACUUAGAUUAAAUAUCUGUUACACUGAAGACUGUGUACUUCCAUCUGAGUACUACACUUCUCUAAGGAACUUGCUGCUAAAAUCUUCAGAUGUUCAGCCUAUUUCUGCAUCUGCUGCCUACAUUCUGAGUGAAGUGUGUCGAGACAAGUAUGACGCUGUGCUGCCUCUGGUACGCCUGUUGCUGCACCACCAUAAGCUGGUUCCCUUUGUUGCCGCAGUGGCAGAACUAGAUCUGAAGGACACCCAAGAAGCAAACACAAUCUUCAGAGGCAACUCAUUAGCAACUCGGUGUGUGGAUGAAAUGAUGAAAAUAGUGGGGAAGCACUACCUAAAGGUUACUUUGAAACCUGUUAUUGAUGAGAUAUGUGAGUCUCCUAAACCCUGUGAAAUAGAUCCCAUCAAAUUAAGAGAAGGGGAUAAUGUGGAAAUUAAUAUGGAAAAUCUCCGCUACUAUGUGGACAAAGUGUUCCGUGAAAUAGUGCGGUCGAGUAUAAGUUGUCCCACCCUAAUGUGUGAUGUUUUUUAUUCUUUGAGGCAUCUGGCUGCCAAAAGAUUUCCAAAUGACCCUCAUGUACAGUAUUCUGCAGUGAGCAGCUUUGUGUUUCUUCGUUUCUUUGCUGUAGCCGUAGUCUCACCUCAUACUUUUCAUUUACGACCUCACCAUCCAGAUGCACAGACUUCUAGAACAUUAACUCUUAUAUCAAAAGCCAUCCAGACUUUGGGGAGCUGGGGAAGUUUGACCAAAAGCAAACUUUCAAGUUUCAAGGAGACAUUUAUGUGUGAAUUUUUCAAAACAUUUCAAGAAGAAAAAUUUACUGAAUCUGUUAAAAAGUUCCUGGAUGAUGUUUCCUCUACUGAGAGUAAAGAGCCCAGUGGUGUGAGUGAGCCAGUACAUCUAAAAGAAGGAGAAAUGUACAAAAGAGCUCAGGGAAGGACUCGGAUUGGUAAAAAGAAUUUUAAGAAGCGAUGGUUCUGUCUAACAAGUAGAGAAUUCACAUACCACAAACAGCAAGAUAAGGAACCAAUUUUCACUAUUCCAAUCAAAAACAUCCUUGCAGUGGAGAAACUUGAUGAGAGCUCCUUCAACAAGAAAAAUAUGUUUCAAGUACUUCACGGAGAAAAGCCACUCUAUAUCCAAGCAAAUAACUGUGUAGAAGCCAGUGAGUGGAUAGAGGCUCUUUGCCGGGUAACGAGGUGCAACCAGAAGAGGCUGAGCUUUUACCACCCCUCUGCUUUCCUGAACGGGAACUGGCUCUGCUGCAAGGCCACCGUGGAGAGCACCGAGGGCUGCGCUCGCUGCACCGCAGAUGUUCCUGCUGAUACUCAAAUUGAGAUUGAUGGAGACAGAGAGACAGAAAGAAUUUACUCACUUUUCUCUAUCAACAGAUCUAAACUUCAAAAGUUGGAAGAGGCUUGUGGAAGUAUAGCAGUCUAUCAGGGUCCUCGGAAAGAACCAGAUGAUUAUUCAAACUUCACCAUUGAAGAUUCUGUAGCCACUUUUCAUACACUUCAGCAGAUAAUAGAUACAGUAGAGAAGUUGAAUGAAUCACAUGAAAAAUACCAGAAGAAGAGAUCAUCUAGUGCCAAAUAUGGUAGUGAAGAAAAUCCGAUUGUUGGAAAAGUUUCCUAACCAAAACAAACUGGUCCACUUGGAUGAAAAAGGAAACUGGAAAUAUUCUAGAGUGUUUUGGUUUUUUGUUUGUUUUCUUUUUUUAAUUCAUUAUAUACAUUUUUUGCAAAGUAUUUAAGAAUGAACAUAAAUGCUAGUUGUGUUGACAAUCUAUUUAAUAUUUAAUAGAAAAAUACCUUCUUGGAAAUCUGGUCUUUAAAGUUUAUUCUCAUUUUGCUGAAGAACUUGAAGUUCCAGGUUCUUGAAGUAAGAGAUGUGAAUAAAUCUAAAUGUUGUUUUGCCAUUGUUGUCUUAUUGGAAAGAACUUUCUAGACAAAUAAGCUUUUUCAUGGAAGAAAAUCCACACUGCAUUUGUUGGUUGGAUUACAUCUCAGUACAUACACUGCAAACUUGCAUGAGUUUACCAUGAGUGCCUGCCCUGCUGAUAUGGAUUUUGAAGUAGAAAUCCCAAGAUCUUAUGAUGUGGAAAAGAUCUGAAGCUUCACACUCGAUACAUUUGACUUAUUUUUCUUUGUAUUAGGUGUUGUCAUGACUUGAUUUAUCUACAGUUGAAGUUUUAUAGAACCAUGCAGUAUGCUGCAAAUCAUCUGGACAGCAGAUUACCAGUGUUAGUUGUGUUAUUAAGUACUAAAGAAGAAAUCAGGGAACUUACGUUGUACCUCUUGUUUACAUUUGGAGUGAGUAAUAUAUGGAGUGACAUUAGACCACUAUCUAUUUUCUUUAGCAUUUUUUAAGGUACAUAUUUUUUCUUAACCUAAAAAGAAGUGCAGGGUAGUAACAUUCUUGUUAAAUAGGUUUGCCUACAGAUAGAAAAAUUUAAGUGUGAACAGAUUGUGGUUAAGUACUGAUCAAUUAACAUCAUCCCAUGUAUGAUUUAAUUUCUUGUUUUUAUAAAAAGUAAUAACUACGUCCAGCUCAACUUUUGACUACAAAUCUAAUAAAUAAUCUCUAUUAUAAUCACUCAAAGCACUUUAGAUAUCUGGACUAUCCCAGAUUAUUUUUAGAUACUUUGUAGUAUCUGCUUGUUAUGAUCAGUUGAAUGAUCAACAUUGUUUUGUCUUUAAGCAAUGCUUCAGUGAAUAUUUUUGUAUCUUUAGUUACAUGAAUUUGUAUUUGCCACUUAACACAAUUUUAAACUGGCAUUCCUGACUUCAGUAAGAUUAAUUUUUGCUCACUUUGUCUGAGAAGUUAGUUUUCUGCUGAGAAAAGGUAUAUGUAUAUAACCAGGAAGAAGCAAAGGUAUUACUGUGGCAACUUUGCUUCAUCAGUAUUAAAUACAAUGGUACUUGUUGGACUAUUAUUUUUAAUAAAAGUUGUAUGUGGUACUUUUAUUUUUAAAGCAUUUUCUGUGGGGUCUUUUGUUGUUUUGCAGGGUGUUUUUUUAGUUUUGGUUUUGUUUUGUUUUUCCAGUCACAAUUUGGCCAAAUUAAUUAGGAAUGUAACUUAGAAUAGAAAUGCACAAUUCUUGAAACAGGAAGCUGUUGAAAUUACCACACAAUUUAUUAUACUGUUGUAAGAAGGCUUUCUAAAAUGGAAGGAAGGUGGCAAGACAGGAUUGUUUUAAUACCAAGCUAUUUUAGAAUACCUGGGAUUCAGUUCUAGGAUCUGCAACAUCACAAUCAUUUAAUUACCUCAGCUGGUUUUGCCUUUUCCUUUUUUACGCAUUUGAUGUGUUCAACAGGACUUUUAUUUGCCAACAGUUAAAACUGAGGGAGAAUAUAGCAAUGCCAAUAAAUGUGUUUUGCCAAGCUAAAGGUAAAGAUUAAUUGCUAUUAAUCAAAAGUUGUUAUUAAACAAAGUUGAAUGUGGUUGAGUGUCAGAAUUAGGUUUUGUUGUGUAUGAAUUAACCCUGUGGCAAACCCUCUUCCUUGGAGCCAUUUUCUGUUGUUUUCAAAGUCAAAUUUAUGAAAAAUUGAAUAGUAUACUCUUGCAAUGUUGGGGUUUUGUAAUAUGCACUUUUUUUUUUUUUUUUUUUUUUUUUUUUUUUUUUUUUGCUUUGGUACUGGAAUACUGAGAAAAAAACCCAGAAGGCCAUUGAAUAUUUGUGACCAUUAAGAGUUGAUUUCUCAUUUUAUAAUGUUUUAAAGUGCAGUAGAUGUUCUAGAAUUUAAUUAGGUACAAGUAGGACGAUAAUUAAUAAAAGCCUUCAUUUUUGAUUAGUCUAGAAAAGUGAUGUUAUUCAGUAAUUACUUCUGUUAGGAUUGUAAAAGUUUUAAUGUUAUUAUGAUGAUGUAUUGUUGAAUGUAUUUUUAUUUAAAUUUUAUUUUCUUAUCGAGACAUUAAAAUGUUUUGUAACAUCGCUUGAGAAUAACUCAGAAAUAAACUACAACAAACCUGAGAUAAGCUGUGUGUUUACUG